AUUCCUAUUGGUGCGCUGGUUUCCCAGUGAUGAAACAUACUUGAUAAGUCAUCGAAAAUCACACUGGGUGUCAUUUCAACACUUUGACGACAUUAGGGAGCGAAGAUAAACUUCAUGAUACUUGUUUAUUGAUUACUUGCACAUUCAUCCUGAUCAUGAUGUUGGGAUUGACCCUAUGCUUGUGGAUAUCCGCUCUAAUAGUCAGUGGUUGUGCCGGACAAUCGACAUGGAGUACUUUCUCAAAAUUUCAUGAGUGUAAAGGUGGCCCUAUGCCCUAUCGCUGCUGGUACAACACAGCACACCCUUUCCACGGAUGUUGUUCGUCCGGAACUUACUCCAGUGCCACAUGCUGCAUAUCAUUUAGGUGCUCCAUGGGGACGAAAGUCAAUGAAUGCAACCACAUUAGCCAUGCAAGAUGCUGCCCAAUCACGUCUGGUUGGUCGUACUGCUGUGAUACGUCUCAGUGGACCGUCUACCUCAGUAGCAGCAGUAGAAGUUCCUGGUCGAGUUCCAGCCGGAGUAGCUAUCUGUCGAGUAGUUUGAGCAGUAGUCUGAGUGACUGGAUUUCAUACAGCAGCAGUCGAUAUUGGUCAAGCUUCUUCAACUGCACUACAUAUUCCAGCACCGGAGCCAUCGUGGGCGGAACACUUGCUGGGUUUUUCUUCCUUGUUUUGGUAGUCGUCGCUUCGGUGAUGGGCUCCCAGCUCGCCGCUCAAAGGAGUCGAUCCGACAGAUCUCCCGAGAGUUCACCUGUCAGAGUGCUAACCGGCUUCGAAAAUGUUACAUAUAAUAAUCAAUCUUCAACUGAUCAAGGGUUGGCCGAGGCGACAGGUGAAGCGGGCGCCAUGCCUAUUUAUGAGCAACUUCGAUUUCCGCAGAAUGGACCAGUGAAAUAUUAGUUGUAAGAGCGUGUAUCGGCCGAUUGUGACUGCUUUAGUUAUAGUCACACGGUGAGUGAUACCUCGCCUGGUGGUUAGUCUCUGGCCUCGGCAACCGUGACCCCAUUGAUGGCGGUUUGGUGGGGCUUCCUGGUCCAGAUCUACCACAUAAAGAGACCUAAUCAGACUGACUCAGCCAGACCUGUCAUUGAAGGAUCAUGAAGAGAAUGCAUGGUUCGUCCUCUUGGGACAGUUGAAACCUUACGUAAAGGAAAAAUUGUAUGAGAAAAUGUGUCUCCUACGAAAUUCCAGAGGCGCCGCCUACCAAGUUGAAUAUUAACUAUCAUGUACAUGAAGGCCAGUGUGUGCAGUGACAGGGUGUCAUGGCCUAGCUGACAUGGACUGGAUGUAACUCAAGACAUAACGGAUGGAUGAAUAAGGAUGAAACAAACUUACCUGCCAGUAUAGCAGUGUACAAUAUGUUGCAAUGUCAUUCACGUUGAAGUCUCGCGACAAACGUAUAUCAUCGCCGUCAGGUGACGUUGCCUGGUCACAUGACCCGCUCUUACCUCGGUCGACUGCGGAGCAACUGCUUCCCAUCUUCACUGGAAGAAAAUAAUUGAAUACAGGGUGGCCACAAAAAAGGAAGACCAUUCGUCCACCACCUCGGUCUUAUAAAAAAGUUAUCAGGGAAAAUCUUGAAAACAUCUCCACGAAAGAGGUUCCAGUGAGGUUGAUAAGCCACAACCGGCCAGGGAUAAUAAACGGACAGCUGAAUCUUUAUGGUAACACUUAUCACACAAUAUCGCAUAAUCUUUAUGGUAACACUUAUCACACAAUAUCGCAUAACAAAAACUUUUGUAAUUUUCCAUUCCCUUGUUAUAAAGGUUAUGAAUGACCUGUCUGAGUGUUUUCCUGAUACACGAUGAAAUGUCUUGAUGAUGUACAUGUAUAAACAAGGUGAAUAGAAUCAUUAGCACGUUUGUAUCUAUUAGCAGUAGACAUUGCUUUCAUUGUUAGUGGCGAUAAUACAGGACACAAAAUGAUUGAUACCCAUCAGCGACAACGACAUUUGUCUGAAUAAGUCAAAUACCAUACAAACAAUGAUUUGUUAAGAGGUUUUGUCACAGCUGAGAAACUGGAAUCAACCAGACCCAUCCUCAAUGACACAGGGACAUUUUCAUCCGAAUAAAGUAAUCGACUAUUUCCAUAGUGGCAGGAUUAGAAUGGGUCAAAUGCUAUCAUUGCCAAAGUCAAUAUCAACAAAAAGUACAGUCGAACCCUAGUAACACGACCACUAAUGGGACCGAGGUUGAAUGGUCGGGUUGAUGAAGUUGAAAAUCCGGAGACAAAAUGCAUGAUUAACUUUUCCCGCAAAAAUUGUUGAACUAUUUCAUAAGUUUAAAAUUCUGAAAAAUUUUCAAAGCCAAAAACGUUUUGAGGCUGAUGGUGUUUCUUCAUUUUGAGCAGAAAAAAAAAUUGAAAAAAAGACUCAGAAAUUUUUUCAUCCUUCAGAGUUGAUUUUUUCCAUAAGUUCAAAAUUCUGAAAAAUUUUCAAAGUCAAAAAUUUUUUUGGACUGAUGAUGUUUCCUCAUUUUGAGCAGAAAAAAAAACAAGUGAAAAAAAUAUUUGGACUUAAAAAUUCUUUCAUCUUUCUGAGUCGAAUUUUUUCAUAAGUUCAAAAUUCUGCAAAAUUUUCAAAGUCAAAAAAUUCUUGUGAAAAAAUUUCAAGGCCAAAAUUUUAGGGGGGUUGAUGAUGUUUCUUCAUUUUGAACAGAUCUGUAGCUUGACAAAUUUUCCGCAAUCAAUUUCUUGACAGAAAUCAUGGCAGCAUUCGUCUUUUCACGGCAAUUCGGACUUUUGGUCGGAUUAAAGGGCUAAAUCACUCACCCCAACUGGAGUUUGUGGAGCUCGAUACUGGUGACGCAAACGCAUGAGAGUCAAGAUGGUUUAGAUUCUAAACACGAGUAUAUAGCCUUAAAGUCACGCUGUGGAGAGAAAGGAAGAACCUUCCGAGGUGCCCAGUCGGAUUGAGGCAUAACAUCAAUAACAUCAAUCAUAUAUGUUUUUGGAUGAAUUUCAAUUAAGGCUCAAUUGAGUAUCAAAAUAACAACCAUUGGUAUUAACAAGAAUGUAUCAGGCUCGCACUAUAUAUUUUUGGUAUCAAUGAUCAUUCUCUUAACUGUUCUGGUGACCGGUGAAGACGAUCGCUACCAUCAUCAGUCAAAGAGAGGUCUAUUUGGUUCAGAGAAAUCAACAUCGAUCGGUGACAAUCAAAAUGUCUGCAUUGUAUUUAACCUUCGUCAUUUUCACCAUCGGUAAGUUACGUAUCUACCAUUGCCAAAUCCUACUUUUUAUUGAUUUGGUCUGAGGCCAUUCAUCAAUAGAUCGUGAGUAAUUAGCCAGCGCCAAGACCAAGCUGUGGUCCGUUUCAUACUUGGUGUUUCCCGUCUUCCAUUCCGCUCCAUCGCAAGUUCAGACCUUGCCACUUGGUAGACCAACAGAGAAAUCACUCUGUGAUCAGGCGAUGCCAGUUAUACCAAUAUCACAACGAGUGUUCCAAUCUCCAUCGAUACCGGUUCCGAGCGAGCAACGCCUGGGUUCGAGGCGGAUUACACCAGCAGAAUCUGAGCAGCAUCACUCCGCCCUGGCUCCGAAGCAGACGGCAGGUAGUCAAGGUUACCGCGGGGUUUCAUCUGUGGAACUGUUGAAAUAGCUACAUCUUCGCCGAUCCUGUGUCAGGAAGAAGGCUUGAAUAAGAGCUGGAUUUGUUUAGUCAACAGUGUCUGCGCAAAUUUAGAUUCAGCACAGAAACUAGAAAGCUAAUAGUGAUUAGGUGUCUGGCGUGCUCUCGUGAAACGAAUGCGAGCAUACUCUCCAAGGAUCAUUUUGAAAUUGGCAACAAACUGAUGAAAUCGGAACAUAUAGUUUAUCAGCGUCUCUAAAGGUUCCAAAGUCGCUUUCAGGGAUUACUCAAUUAGAGUGUCAACACAGCGGGACACGAGCAUUACACGCAACGUCGACCUUAACUGAUGGGACCACAUCAAUUUUUCUCUGCUGGAUUGAUUUUGUGUAGAAGAUAAAUUUACUCACGGAUAUAUUUUAGGAAUGAAAUAGUACAAAUAUUCGUACGAAUACAUUAGGAAUAUAAAAUUAUUAAAUCUAUUUUAGUCGGCGACUAUUUAUUUUGUGAGUUAGUAACAUUUCGCUUGGGGAGUUUCGUGUGCUGGCAUGUCAGCCCAUUGAGAUCGAGUUUGUGACGUCACAAGUAUUCAAGUCGAGCCAUUCAAGAUGGCGUCGAACAGCAACGCGAAAGCGGCGGAGGGCCGAGAUGACAGCUUCCGAAUGGCGAUCAACCAUGACGAGGAUGAGAGCAGACGGAAGCGGAAGAAAGGCGCCAAGAAAAAGGCCGAGUUGGAGGAACUCAAGCAGGAGAUUGAGAUGGACGAGCAUAGCGUGGAAAUAAAUGCACUGCUGGAAAGAUUGGGGACAGAUAGAAAUACGGGUUUAACCAAACAAAAAGCAAAAGAGAUUCUACAGCGAGACGGGCCAAACUGCCUCACUCCUCCUAAGACCACGCCGGAAUGGGUGAAAUUCUGUAAACAACUGUUUGGUGGUUUUAGUCUCCUGUUAUGGAUCGGAGCGAUCCUGUGUUAUAUAGCUUACUCUAUACAAGCAUCGACUUAUGAUGAACCGCCUGGUGACAAUCUUUAUCUAGGUAUAGUGUUAACCGUGGUGGUGGUCAUCACCGGCUGUUUCUCCUACUACCAAGAAGCGAAGAGUUCCAGGAUCAUGGAGUCUUUCAAAGACUUAGUACCACAGUUUGCCACUGUCCUCAGGAAUGGUGAAGCCCUCGAAAUUAAAGCCGAGGAAGUGGUUGUCGGUGACGUCAUUGAUGUCAAGCUGGGGGACCGUAUCCCUGCUGAUCUCAGGAUAAUACAAGCUCACGGUCUCAAGGUGGACAAUUCGUCCCUAACAGGAGAGUCAGAACCGCAGAGCAGAAACAGCGAAUGUACCAGCGAGAAUCCGUUAGAAACCAAAAACUUGGCCUUUUUCUCAACUAAUGCUCUCGAAGGCACAGCCAGAGGCGUCGUCGUGAACACUGGGGACCGUACAGUCAUGGGCCGCAUCGCCAACCUGGCCUCUGGUCUCGAGAUGGGGGAGACCCCUAUUGCCCGAGAGAUUGCUCACUUCAUUCACCUGAUCACCGCGGUAGCCGUCUUCCUGGGCGUGACGUUCUUCGUCAUCGCGUUCAUCCUUGGCUACUUCUGGCUCGAUGCUGUCAUCUUCUUAAUCGGAAUCAUUGUUGCAAAUGUCCCAGAGGGUCUCCUGGCAACUGUGACGGUAUGCCUGACUCUAACUGCCAAGCGUAUGGCCUCCAAGAACUGCCUCGUCAAGAACUUGGAAGCAGUGGAGACGCUCGGGUCGACCUCUACCAUCUGCUCGGACAAGACUGGUACUCUGACCCAGAACAGGAUGACCGUCGCCCACAUGUGGUUUGACAACAGGAUUGUGGAAGCUGACACCAGUGAGGACCAGAGCAAUGCCACGUACAGCAUGAAGGACCAGACAUGGGAGGCCUUGUCUAGGAUCGCCAUGCUGUGUAACAGAGCUGAUUUCAAGGAAGGACAGGAUGAGACACCGGUGUUGAAAAGGGAGUGCCUGGGGAAUGCCUCAGAUGCGGCCAUCUUGAAGUGUGCAGAGCUCUCUAUUGGUAACGUUCAUGACUACAGGAAGAAAAACAAACGCAUCGCUCAGAUUCCAUUUAAUUCAACAAAUAAAUAUGAGGUUUCAAUCCAUGAGUUAGAAUCUGACCCACGCUACAUCAUUGUGAUGAAGGGGGCCCCGGAGAGGAUCCUGGAUCGCUGCAGCACCAUCCUACUCGAGGGGAAGGAGGUGGAGUUAGACGAGAUAUGGAGACACUCAUUCAAUGAAGCGUACCUCGAGCUUGGAGGACUUGGAGAGCGUGUUCUUGGAUUCUGUGAUUACUGGCUCCCAGAGGACAAAUAUCCCAAGGGCUAUCCGUUCGAUGCAGAUGAUGCUGUCAACUUCCCGCUCAAGGGUUUGAGAUUCGUGGGUCUCAUGGCGAUGAUCGAUCCCCCAAGAGCCGCUGUACCAGAUGCGGUCGGGAAAUGUCGGAGUGCGGGAAUCAAGGUGAUCAUGGUGACCGGCGAUCAUCCAAUUACAGCCAAGGCGAUCGCGAAGGGUGUCGGCAUCAUCUCGGAGGGGAAUGAGACGGUGGAGGAUAUAGCAGCUCGUCUGGACUGUGACGUGAACGAGGUCAACCCAAGAGAUGCCAAUGCCUGUGUGGUCCACGGUACCGACCUGAGAGAUAUGACGCCGUACCAGAUAGACGAAGUGCUCAGGAACCACACGGAGAUCGUGUUCGCCCGAACCUCGCCACAACAGAAACUCAUCAUCGUUGAAGGUUGCCAGAGACAGGGAGCUAUUGUGGCUGUGACCGGUGAUGGUGUAAAUGACUCGCCCGCUCUCAAAAAGGCUGAUAUAGGUGUUGCUAUGGGAAUAGCAGGAAGUGAUGUCAGCAAACAAGCCGCUGACAUGAUCCUCUUGGAUGACAACUUUGCCUCAAUCGUCACGGGCGUUGAAGAAGGCCGUCUUAUCUUUGACAACUUGAAGAAGUCGAUAGCGUACACGCUGACUAGUAACAUCCCGGAGAUCACACCGUUCCUCUUCUUCAUCCUGGCUGACAUCCCACUGCCCCUCGGCACCAUCACCAUCCUCUGUAUUGACUUGGGAACUGACAUGGUCCCCGCCAUCUCACUUGCCUACGAGAAAGCCGAGAGUGAUAUCAUGAAGCGGAAACCUCGCGACCCGGUGCAUGACAAACUCGUCAACCAACGCUUGAUUGGCAUGGCCUACGGUCAGAUAGGGAUGCUGCAGGCAGCGGGAGGCUUCUUCGUCUAUUUCGUUGUUCUGUGCGAGAACGGCUUCUGGCCGAGUCGUCUGCUUGGCCUGCGUAAGGAAUGGGACUCGAAAGGAAUACAGGAUCUGGAGGACUCGUACGGACAAGAAUGGACGUAUCAUCAACGUAAAACUCUUGAGUACACUUGCCAUACCGCGUUCUUCAUCUCGAUCGUGAUCGUACAGUGGGCAGAUUUACUCAUCUGCAAAACACGACGUAACUCCAUCGUACAUCAAGGCGUGACCAAUCAUAGAAUGACAUUCGGUUUGUUGUUUGAGACACUUCUAGCGGCAUUCCUCUGCUAUUGUCCUGGCUUGGAUAAGGGGCUCAGGAUGUACCCUCUCAAGUUUCUAUGGUGGCUGCCUGCCAUACCAUUCUCCAUUACGAUCUUUGUCUACGAUGAGUGCAGGAAGUGGCUACUACGUCGAAACCCAGGAGGAUGGAUUGAACUAGAGACGUUCUAUUAGGAAGUGACAUCACCAAUAUCAAAUAAGGACACAUUUUUGCCGCUAUCAUCCUGAGUAUGAAAAACGCAUAGACAUACCGAUACUAGAGAGACCAAGUAGCUAUUGCUUAAGGAUACCAAACUGGAGAUAUUGCUUAUCUAACCAAACACAGCAAAGGGCCAGCUAAAAUGUGGGCCUAAUCAAGGUGACAGCCAUGGUUUGGGGCAAAAUGACAACUCCCCCCUAUCGGUGAUUUUUGAGACAUCCUGUACUGACAAUGAGGUAACAAUUUCUAUUCUAAAACAAUCUGCUUUCAGGGGUUUUGAACCUUUCUGUUUCCAUGGCAACCUUGUCUUUUUUUGAUAAAGAAAAUGGAGAAGCGCAGGAAAAUUAAGGCACCUGUAACCAUGGCGACCAUAAUAACAAAGGUAGAAUUUGCAUAGCUACAAGUCAUUUUUUAGACAUCAUGCCACUGAAUUCAGUCUCAUUAUGUAUAAAACGUUGUGUAAAUAAUGAAAAUAGAAAACUCGAUAGUAAAGUGGAGAUAAAGUAUCAUAUCUGAAGUCAGUGUUUUCAUAUUCCUAAUAAAAGUGUAAAAAUCUGUGGUUCCAUGUAAAUGUAAUUUGAUUUGGUUUGUAACUGCGACAGCUGGUCUAUUGUGCCCCUGAACAAGAGUCGGGCCUACUGCAGGGGGGGGGGGUUAGUGCCAUUCUAAUCUACUAAAUACAUGUCAAGAUGUUAUAUGGUCAAUAGAGAGAUCGAGUUGUUGCUUGUCACCCCUACUAUUGGUGGUAAAGAUGGCGCUACUGGUCCAUUCAACCAGCGAUCCCCACAGCGUGAUGUUGAGUUCUCCUCUCUCUGGAAACGUGGGGGGGGGGGGGUUGAAUGGAAGAAAUAGUUAUUUCACAAAUGUUAUAAUUGACAGUUCACCUUCCUUGAUUGGACAAGAUGGUGUUAAAGUGGUCUGAAUGUACAUCAGAGUGUAGCACAGCUCUCUCAGGCCAGGAUAAACUGUUAUAAUCAACUGUUAAUUGAGGAGCACACUUGAGGAUCAAAUAUAUGAUAUAUUUUGAUAGGUUGUUGAUUGAUGUUCAUAGUUUAGAUGAUGUCAUUUUUAUAGACAGUUGUUGAUAUGUGCACUAUGUAUAUUUUUGUGAGUUUUUUGUUUGAUUUGUGUCUUACUACAUUAAAUUGCUUUAGGCUGGGGAGAGAACACUAGAACUUCACUGAACUGCUUCUCUUGGUGUUCCUUGAGGUUGUCAGGGAUCCUCCUCAGGUUAUCCACAGGAGGCACAUCAUUUUGCCAUCACUUCAGACAUCCAGCCUGGUGGUAAUAACCAUGUGGUGAAUUGUAAAACGUGAGGUGGUUAGUUGUGUCGAGCACACUGCUGCAUUGAAGACAUCUUUUAAAAGGUUGAAUAUGAAUUCUUUUCGAGCCUGAACCAAUUUGAUGCGGACAGAUCCAGGAAACAUAGGUAUUUCUAUCAAUAAUGUAUAAUCGUGAUAUUCGUUGCCAAAAAUAGUGAAUGUAUCCUAGUCUUUUUACACCUCUCUGUAAAUAAGAUGUGUACAAGUAUAGAUGUAGAAUUCUAGAACAAUGUUUCCAAGUUAAAGCCAUGAAUAGAUUGGACAAUGUGUGCUAAUUAACCUGCAGUUGACAAUAAUGUACAAAUAUAUCUAGUUUUACUAUCUUAGGACCAAACUCUUGUCUACACCUCCUAUGAAAUAUAAAUUUAUUUGUCUAAAUUAUCUGCAUAUCCUGUGUACACCCUAACACACAGAUCUAUCUGAUGGUGGGAAUGCCUUUCAGUUAAGUCAAUCGUGCUUCAUCACGAGCUCCUACCUACACCCCAAUCAAGUCUGAGCUGGUCACAAUGAUUCACAGAAUAUCGCUUGACCUGUUGUCAAUUAUUAAACUUACAUGUAAAGAAGUUGAGCGAUUCCUCUCGGUUGUAUUGGAAUCAACGUUUGGUCUUUUUUCAUCAACGAGGCUUGUUUAAGUAUCUGGUUGGUUAUACUAAUGAAGCCUCUAAUGUGAUGUAACACUCGUCAAGGUGACAUCCUUCAAUGGGUGUUGCACAGGUCAUGAACUUCAAGGUACAUGUACAGUAUAUUGCUACAUGUGCACAUGGUAUAUGUACAUGUAAUUGAAGACUCAGUCAUCAGUAACUCUAGAUUACCACACUUCCAGCUAGGCCUUGUCUAUUUUUGUGGCUAACAGACUGUGAAUGGAGUUGAUGGAUGUGGAGCUGGUAUGGUUUUAUUUUACAAGAGAGGGUGGCCAACGGAAAUCCAACCAACAUGGUACAGUUUAUGUGGGUAGAAAGUUAAAGAAACAGCCAAUGAAACAGCCCAGUGGACACAGAAAACCAUAAAGUGUUACAUAUCAUACAACACGUAGAAGUGGUGAAAGAGCGGAUGAUCUUAGUUGGGGAAGGAAUUGGCUGAGGCAUUGUCUUCCUGGAGCAACCCAGUUUACAGUUCAUUUCCUGGACAUCAUUUCUAGGAAUCAACAUAUUCAGAUGUUCGAUACGUGAGAUCUCUGAGCAAACAACUGGAGAUGACACACCUUGACAAAUCAUGUAUAUUAUGUACACAAUGUAAAAAUAAAGUGUCUUUAGAA